GGAAAUCUGGAUUGAAUCAAAGCUGGGACAAUAUUGGUCUUCAUGAUUUUGCGACAAGUACGGACGAAAGCCGAUGUAGUGAAGGAGAUGUUUCGAAAGAGAGGAGGGUACUUCUUCUAGGAAAGGUUGGAUCUGGUAAAAGUGCCACUGGGAACGCAAUAAUAGGUAGAAAUGUUUUUAAAAGCAGAAAAAGUUUUAGGCCCGUGACUGAAGUGUGUGCAUAUGAAAGUGUUGAAAGGAAUAAUAAAAAAUAUGUAGUCUUUGAUACACCAGGGGCUCAGGGAUUACACAGAGAUAGAGACCGAUUCCGAAAUAACUUGAAGCUGUGUUUGUAUGUAACAUCUCCCGGAUUCCAUGCCAUUGUUUACGUUAUAUCUGCAGAACAAAGAAUACAACAGUCUGAUGUAGAAAUGUUUAAGGAUUUUGAAAAUUUGCUAAAAGAUAAAACUUAUAAAUACGCAAUCGUCGUUUUCACUCAUGCUGAGAAUGAAGAAGUCCCAGAUUUGAUAAGGGAGUCAAAGGAGAUAAGAGGACUCUGUGCAAAAUGUAACGACAGAUAUCUUAGUUUUGGAAAUAAUAGAAAUGUUGAUCAAAUGUUGAUAAAUCAUUUCGACGAGGAGCUCGAAAACCUUAUUAGCAGGAACAAAGAUGCGGUUUAUUAUGAACACCCACUGUACUCUAAAGCUUAUAAAAUACUUGAUAAGGACGCAGAAAGAUUGAGACGAGAAAAUCCAAAUCUAGCCUAUAGUGCAGCCAUUGAAAGGGCCAGAAAAAACGCAUUUCAAGAACGUUCACUUCAAAAUGCUAGGCUUCUAAAUCUUAGGGAGAGCUGGUGGAAAUCUGGAUUGAAUCAAAGCUGGGACAAUAUUGGUCUUCAUGAUUUUGCGACAAGUACGGACGAAAGCCGAUGUAGUGAAGGAGAUGUUUCGAAAGAGAGGAGGGUACUUCUUCUAGGAAAGGUUGGAUCUGGUAAAAGUGCCACUGGGAACGCAAUAAUAGGUAGAAAUGUUUUUAAAAGCAGAAAAAGUUUUAGGCCCGUGACUGAAGUGUGUGCAUAUGAAAGUGUUGAAAGGAAUAAUAAAAAAUAUGUAGUCUUUGAUACACCAGGGGCUCAGGGAUUACACAGAGAUAGAGACCGAUUCCGAAAUAACUUGAAGCUGUGUUUGUAUGUAACAUCUCCCGGAUUCCAUGCCAUUGUUUACGUUAUAUCUGCAGAACAAAGAAUACAACAGUCUGAUGUAGAAAUGUUUAAGGAUUUUGAAAAUUUGCUAAAAGAUAAAACUUAUAAAUACGCAAUCGUCGUUUUCACUCAUGCUGAGAAUGAAGAAGUCCCAGAUUUGAUAAGGGAGUCAAAGGAGAUAAGAGGACUCUGUGCAAAAUGUAACGACAGAUAUCUUAGUUUUGGAAAUAAUAGAAAUGUUGAUCAAAUGUUGAUAAAUCAUUUCGACGAGGAGCUCGAAAACCUUAUUAGCAGGAACAAAGAUGCGGUUUAUUAUGAACACCCACUGUACUCUAAAGCUUAUAAAAUACUUGAUAAGGACGCAGAAAGAUUGAGACGAGAAAAUCCAAAUCUAGCCUAUAGUGCAGCCAUUGAAAGGGCCAGAAAAAACGCAUUUCAAGAACGUUCACCUCAAAAUGCUAGGCUUCUAAAUCUUAGGGAGAGCUGGUGUGUGAUUAUUUAGUGAUUAUUCAUAUUUGUUUGUUUGUAUGUAAUAUACAAUUAUAUUUGUUUUAUUUUUAAAAUAUACACGUUCCUAAAAGCUCACAAUUAGCAAACUGAAAUACAGAAAAGCACUAAUGGUGUGGAUCAAUUCAUGUAUGAGAAUGUUAACUUCGGUGGUGAACGUGUUCUUGAAUGCACCGUAAAAUCACAUGAUUUGUAGGGGAUAAAAACACACGAGUGGAUAAAAACCCUAUCAAAAUACAAAUUAUGUGAGAUUAUUUUUAUCCCAUGUGUUUUACAAUCAUAUCGAUGUUUUACACUGUUUUUAUAUAGAACUCUUUAUUUUACUUCAUUAUGCUUACGCAGAACCCAUUUUGACGUCACAGAUGUUGGAUACGAAAACGAUAUCACAUGAGCUAUAUCCACGGGAUGAAGGGUAAACAUGGGAUAAAUAUAGGAUCUGAAAUACUUUGAAGUUGGAUGAGAUUUUUUUUCAUCAAGUUGUGUGAUUUUUAAAUCCGAGCGUUAGCGAGGGAAAACACACAAUGAGUUGGAUAAAAGGUAUAUCCAACUGCAAAUCUUGGGAGAUUCCAUUGUUAAAUACUUCCCAGAUGAUGUUUUAAACUAUUUUUAUAUAUAGGACUCCACUUUAUUUUUACUGCAUCACGCUAACGCAAAAACCAUUGUGACGUCAUAAAUUUCACGAGUGGCAUACCUUUUGUGGAAUAGUAUACAGUUAUGGAAUGGGUACGAGGGAAAAAGCAAAUUUAUG